CGAGUUGCCAUUUUUCUUUCCUUUUCCGAGUUCGUCGUCCACUACUGAUAAUGCUCGGCUUAUCUCGUCGUGCCUUGGGUCCAGCACUUCUUCGCCCGCUGUAUCAACGUGGCGUUAUGGCGGCCUCGGGCAACACUUUCAGGACUGCUCUCCCCAUCGGAUGGUCCAAUGGUCUUCGAGGCUUCGCCAGCAUCCCGCCAGCUAAACCGACUAACUCCUUGACUCCGGUGAACAACUCAGUGAAAACAUUCACUCAGACGGUCUCGACUACGGGCCUGCUUCCCGCAUGCAAAUCGAAAAUUGCAGAAGUCACUAACAAGAGUGCUAUUUUCGAAAUUUCUGUGGGUGUCGUCUUGGCUCAGUACAAACAGAUAUUCCUCAGUCUUAUGCGGAACAUUUUCCAGUCCUUCAGACCGCUGCUGAUCACCGUCAUUAUGGGUAACAUGCUCAAGAUGGCUGCGUUCUUGAUGCAAUUCCCCGUAUCAUUCUACUCAAUCUUCUUUUUCGAAGUAUUCUAUGGGAUGGCGCAAUUGGCGAUCAGCUUCGUCUUCGUGUGUUUCUUCCACAACGGCAUGAGCCUCCAGACGCGAGCUCGACAACAACUGCUUAGAACUAUGAGCCGUAACUUGAGACGGUUCAAGCAUAUGAUGUAGAAGCUUUAUAGCGCAUGAUGCCGGAGGAAGCGUUUUUCAAAGGCUGCUGCUGCAAGAUAUCAUUGGGGACGGACUAGUUUCGUGUGG